AUGACUAAGUGUUACUUUGAGGAGGGUUACCUGGACACCAGUGUGUAUCUGUGGGAGGAGCUGCCAUGUGGUCACAGCAUCCAGGGACCAGCCAUCAUCAUUGACAAGAACAGUACCAUCCUGGUGGAGCCGUGCUGUGAGGCCCGUCUGACAGAGGGGGGCGAUGUUUGUAUGACUGUUGGCUCUGACCCUCACUGCGCCCUGGGCACUGAACUCAACGCUGUGCAGCUCUCCAUCUUCUCCCACCGCUUCAUGAGCAUAGCAGAACAGAUGGGUCGAGUUCUCCAGAGAACCUCCAUCUCCACCAACAUCAAGGAACGUCUCGACUUCUCCUGUGCUGUGUUCGGACCAGACGGUGGUUUAGUGUCCAAUGCACCCCACAUCCCUGUCCACCUGGGGGCCAUGCAGGAGACUGUGCAGUACCAGGAAAACACCAUCGAGA